CCUCGGAUUUUCUAUGUACUAUGCACUGUAUUCCAUCCACUAUAAUUUGUUUACAUAUCUAUAUCUUAGUCUAGACAGAUUGAAAGGCGCUGAAGGGCAGAGAAAGCUUUCUAUUCGCUUUCUUUUCCUUAGCGUUCAUCUGGCACACGGUUUGCCCUCAGUAAAUGUUUAUUGGAUGAACACCUCUCAGCCUCGGGCAGGACGGAAGUCUAUCCGGUUAACUGGUGAAUUCCCAGGCUCUCCGCCACCGUGGCAGGGAGAUUUAAACCCCCAGCACCGUGAUUGGCUCCAGCUGCAGGGGUGUGUUCGCGUCCGCGGUGCACGGGAAGUGCGCAGGCGCGCGGCCUGGGCGCGCGCAGGCGCGACAAGGGCGCCGCGCCGGGUCCGGUGUUAGGGUGUCGGACUUACAGCGGCCGGAGCGGAGUGGCUUCACCCGCUUGAGAUUUGAUGCAUCAUGGAUAACCUGUCAUCAGAAGAAAUUCAACUGAGAGCUCACCAGAUUACUGAUGAGUCUCUGGAAAGUACGAGGAGAAUCCUGGGUUUAGCCAGUGAGUCUCAGGAUGUAGGAAUCAAGACCAUCACUAUGCUGGAUGAACAAGGGGAACAACUAAACCGCAUAGAAGAAGGCUUGGACCAAAUAAAUAAAGACAUGAGAGAAGCAGAGAAGACUUUAACAGAACUCAACAAAUGCUGUGGCCUUUGUGUCUGCCCAUGUAAUAGAACAAAGAACUUUGAGUCUGGCAAGGCAUAUAAGACAACAUGGGGAGAUUGCGGAGAAAACUCACCUAGCAAUGUAAUAUCUAAACAGCCAAGCCGGGUGACAAAUGGUCAGCCUCAGCAACCAACGACAGGAGCAGCCAGUGGUGGAUACAUUAAACGCAUAACUAAUGAUGCCAGAGAAGAUGAAAUGGAAGAGAAUCUGACUCAAGUGGGCAGUAUCCUGGGAAAUCUAAAAGACAUGGCCCUGAACAUAGGCAAUGAGAUUGAUGCUCAAAAUCCACGAAUAAAACGAAUCACAGACAAGGGUAACAUGUUUCUAUGA